GCUGGGUGGGCGCUCCCUCGCUUCGUCCCCCCCGGCAGGAGCGCGGCGGCCGGGGCUGAGGGGGCUCGCAGCGGGCCCCGCUGCCAUUGACCCCGCGGGCAGACGGAGCCUGGGCGUGUGCUUUGUGCGGUCAGGCACCAGCACCGGGCACUCCAUGGCUGCCCCAUCCCCGCAGUGCCCAGGGCCGGGCUGGACGGGGCUGGCAGCAGCCUGGGCCUGCGGAACGUGUUGAAUUAGGUCAUCGUUAAGGUCCUUCCAACCCAAACCCUUGGAUUUUUCAGUGAAACCCCUCCAAACGCAGGGGUUGUCCUGCCGGUUGUGUUGUUGUGACAACUCCUGUCAGUGGCGCUUAUUUUGCAGCAUUACCCUAUUAUUUCCCCUCGUUAAUAAUGACACGAGCUUUGAAUUACAAGUGAAGCCUCUGCUCUCACCGCAGACACUCAGUAAAAACUACCGGGUGACAAGAGAAACCACGGCAGGAAAUUUCUUCUGAAUGACAGAAUCAGAGCACCUUGGAAUAGAUGUGAGCACAAGGCACUGCGCCGGGUAAAGCUGCCUUGGAGCACCAUGGCUGCCGCCCCUUAUCUCAACUCGGACGCGCUGCGAGAGGUCCUGGAGUGCCCCAUCUGCAUGGAGUCCUUCACCGAGGAGCACCUGAGGCCCAAACUCCUGCACUGUGGGCACACCAUCUGCAAGCAGUGCCUGGAGAAGCUCCUGGCCAACAGCAUCAAUGGCAUCCGGUGCCCCUUCUGCAGCAAGAUCACGCGGAUCACCAGCUUGGCUCAGCUCACUGACAACCUCACCGUGCUGAAGAUCAUCGACACGGCCGGCCUGGGGGAGGUGGUGGGACUUCUCAUGUGCAAGGUCUGCGGGAGGAGGCUGCCAAGAAACUUUUGCAAGAGCUGUAGCUUGGUUCUGUGUGAGCCCUGCAAGGAGGCUUCACACAUGCCCCCAGGUCACAGAGUCAUUGCUAUCAAAGAGGCUGCUGAGGAGCGUAGGAGGGAAUUUGGGACGAGGCUUGCCAGGCUUAGGGAGCUCAUGGGUGAUCUUCAGAAAAGGAAAGCUGCCCUGGAGGAUGUUUCAAGAGACCUGCAAUCCAGAUACAAAGCGGUUCUGCAGGAGUACAGCAAAGAGGAGCGCAAGAUCCAGGAGGAACUGGCCAGGUCACGCAAGUUUUUCACCACCUCUUUGUCUGAAGUGGAGAAGAUAAAUAACCAGGUGAUGGAGGAGCAAGCUUACCUGCUGAACUUAGCAGAAGUGCAGAUAAUGUCUCGCUGUGACUAUUUCCUUGCCAAAAUAAAGCAGGGGGAUAUAGCUCUCCUGGAGGAGGCAGCGGAUGAGGAGGAACCAGAGCUGACAAACAGUCUCCCGAGGGAGCUGACUCUGCAAGAGGUGGAACUCCUCAAGGUGAGCCACGUGGGACCGCUGCAGAUCGGGCAGGUGGUGAAGAAACCCCGGACCGUUAACGUGGAGGAAUCUCUCGUGGAAAGCGCAGCAUCCUCCUCUGUACCAUUUAGGGAGCCUGACCUGGUGCAAGAGGAGCCCAGCUGCACUCCCCACUCCUCACCAGCCAAGCCAAGGAUGCCUGAAGCAGCCACGAGCAUCCAGCAGUGUUACUUCAUCAAGAAGAUGGGCUCCAAGGGCAGUCUGCCAGGGAUGUUCAACCUCCCCGUCAGCCUGCACGUCACCAGCCAAGGCGAGGUGCUCGUGGCAGACCGGGGCAACUUCCGAAUCCAGGUUUUUACCCGCAAGGGUUUCCUGAAGGAGAUCCGCCGCAGCCCCAGCGGCAUCGACAGUUUCGUGCUGAGUUUCCUUGGAGCAGACUUGCCCAACUUGACCCCUCUUUCUGUCACCAUGAACUGCCACGGGCUGAUCGGUGUGACGGACAGCUACGACAACUCUGUCAAGGUGUACACCAUGGACGGCCACUGCGUGGCGUGUCACCGGAGCCAGCUGAGCAAGCCCUGGGGCAUCGCCGCGCUGCCCUCGGGCCAGUUCGUCGUCACCGACGUGGAAGGGGGGAAGCUCUGGUGCUUCACCGUGGACCGUGGCGUGGGGGUGGUGAAGUACAGCUGCCUGUGCAGCGCCGUGCGCCCCAAGUUUGUCACCUGUGACGCUGAAGGGACCAUUUACUUCACUCAGGGGCUGGGGCUCAACCUGGAGAACCGGCAGUACGAGCACCACUUGGAAGGAGGCUUCUCCAUCGGCUCCGUCGGCCCAGAUGGGCAGCUGGGACGCCAGAUCAGCCAUUUCUUCUCCGAGAAUGAGGAUUUCAGGUGCAUUGCUGGGAUGUGCGUUGAUUCCAGGGGAGAUCUGAUCGUUGCUGACAGCAGUCGUAAGGAAAUCCUGCAUUUCCCUAAAGGAGGCGGCUACAACAUCUUAAUCCGGGAGGGACUCACCUGCCCGGUGGGUAUUGCCAUUACUCCCAAAGGGCAGCUGCUGGUGCUGGACUGUUGGGAUCAUUGCAUUAAGAUCUACAGUUACCACCUGAGAAGAUACUCCACCCCUUAAAGGCUUGGUUGUAAGCAAAGCCUGUCUUGGCAGUGGAGAUUCUUGCAACCUCCGUGAAAUCCAAUGGGAACCAGUGUCAAGCCUUCAGGAAGAUCGUGCCAUAACUGAAGGGGAUUUGGCAUAGAGGUCAUCAUGUUCUGUGUUUAGAAACAAAAUAGCUUUUGUGGUGGUGGUCUGCUUUUUCUUCUUGUUUUUUUUAUAUAAAAUCCAUACAAAUAAGAACAAGCAUAAUGGAAAGGA